AGUAGUUGACACAGAGGACACCAUGAAAACCUUAGUGCUCGUCGCCCCUUUGUUAUUCAGCUCUUUGGUCUGGAGUGGAUAUCUUGAAUAUGACCAAGAUGUCUUGAUACCGGAGGACUGGAGCCAUCUUGGUCGAGUUGACUCCUCAGAGGAGCUGAAGCUGACGUUUGCCUUAAAGCAGCAGAACCUUCACCUGCUGGAGGAAACACUGCGGCAGGUGUCAGACCCGGACUCGCCUCAGUAUGGUAAAUAUCUCAGUUUGAAGGAAGUAGCUUCUCUCGUUCGUCCCUCUGAACUCAGCCAGAAAGCAGUGCACAGCUGGCUGCAGAGUCAUGGGAUUUCACACUGUCUCACUGUUCACACUGAGGACUUUCUACAGUGCACCAUGACUGCAGAGGUUGCAGAAAAGCUUCUUCCAGGCAGCAGGUUCCAUCGUUACGUCAGAGGCGGACAGUCUYUAGUGAGAUCCUCAGCUCCUUAUGCAGUUCACGAUGAUGUUCACCAGCACCUUGAUUUUGUCGGAGGGCUUCACCGCCUCCCACCUAAAAACGACAUCAGCAGGGAGCUGCAAAAUUCUUCAGCUUCGAUUCACCUGGGAGUGACUCCUGCCGUUCUGAGAGCUCGCUACAAUCUGACAGCAGCUGAUGUGGGCUCGGUUCAGAACAACAGCCAGGCUGUAGCUCAGUUCUUGGAGGAGUACUUCCACCCCGCCGACCUGACCGAGUUCAUGUCCAUGUUUGGGGGAUCCUUCCAGCAUCAUUCUCAGGUGGCUCGAGUUGUUGGCACCCAGGGAGGAGGAAAAGCUGGUGUGGAGGCCAGUCUGGAUGUGSAGUACAUCAUGAGCACAGGGGCCAACAUUGCCACAUGGGUGUUCACUAAUUCAGGUCGCCACGAGUCCCAGGAGCCCUUCCUCCAGUGGAUGGUCUUACUCAGCAACAUGUCCACCGUGCCCUGGGUUCACACCAUCAGCUACGGAAGCGACGAGGACAGUCUGUCCGCCUCUUACAUGAUGCGCACAAAUACAGAGUUCAUGAAGGCUGGAGUCCGGGGGAUCUCUCUGCUCUUCMCCUCGGGUGACAGCGGCGCUGGAUGCAGGCACAUAACUGAAACGCAGAACACCUUCCGGCCCAGUUUUCCUGCCUCCAGCCCAUACGUGACAACAGUUGGAGGGACUGCUUUCAAGAACCCGUUUAAAAUCUCGUAUGAGGUCACACAUUACAUCAGCGGAGGAGGUUUUAGCAACGUCUUCCCGAUGCCCGACUACCAGGCAUCAACCCCUGUGUUUGGAGGCAUUCUUUCCCUCAUUAAUGACCGGCGUUUUUCCAAAGGCCUUCCAGCCCUGGGCUUCUUCAACCCUCGUCUCUACAAGCUCCAACAGGGUCUGUUUGAUGUGACUGAAGGUUGUCACCAGGGGUGUCUGGAUGAGAAGGUUCAGGGAAACGGCUUCUGUGCAGCCCCAUCGUGGGACCCCGUGACAGGCUGGGGGACACCUAACUACCCCGCGCUGCUGGCUGCGCUCCUAAAGGACUGAACACAAGUUCUGCCUACUGGAAACAAACAAAAAAAAAACACACUGAUGUCUGCUCGGAGAGCAAAUCAAACUCUUGAUCAGGUUUCUGAUGCCAACAGGCAGAACAAUGGAGUCACUGCUUUUAUUCUGAAACACCAGUCUUAUUUUAGUUUGAGCAAAUGAUUUUACAGAUUCCUUUUAUCAGUUUGAUGCCAUCUCUUUGGAAUUUUUAAUAGUUCAUUUUCACUGGAAUGGAUUUUCCCACAAAUCUUCAUGACUUUUAUAAACAUUAAUCCUGUUCUUUAAGAGUUUAUGACUUUACUCACUGGUUGCUGCUCAGAAGAGGAACUCCUGAAAUGCGCAGAUCUUCAAUGAUUACACGCUAGUUUGCUUUAAUGUUUAUGUUUUACCAAAUGUUUCGGCAGGGAUGAGCGAAGAACAAUUUUCUUCUUUCAGUUCUAAUAAAUAAAUAAAACAGGAAUGAAUGUGGUUGAACAGGUUUAUUUUAUCACUUUUUCUUUUUAUCGUUUUGUGGCCUUUAUUAGCGUGGCUAUGAACAAAAAAAAUGCACUAUGWGYGGUUUAAACUUCAGUUUUACUCACGUUUUUAUUAUUAUUUUUUUGCAGUCAGAAUUUCAAAUGAGUGUUUUUGUGAGAGCGGCUGCAUUUUCUAAUAUUGAUUCAUUAAAAAAUUUCAUUUCAUUAAAACGUGA